UGUUAAGCAAAAAACAUCGAUAAAAACCUAAACAAAAAGAAGCUUCUUGAUAUUUUCAGAGAGGCAAAUCAUCAUUGCAAACGAGGAAAACUUCGUAACAAAAAAAACUAACCAUUAUCAUUAUCACCAUCAUCAUCAUCAUCCACUUCUGGAAUUCUGGAAUCCAACAAUAACAGCGAAAACCAUAAUCUGGCUCAAUCAGUUGAUCAAUAUGAACUGGGCCUGGAAUUCAUUCGAAUGUCUUUUAUUAUCAUUAUUAUUAUGGCUCCAGAUUAGUUUGCCUAGUCAAUCGAUAUCGAUUGAUAAUAAUCGAUCAUCAUAUCAAUCAUCGGAUAAUGUUCACAACAACAAAACAUCAAAUCGUGAACGUCGUUUUCUUUUUUCACAGCCAUCAUCAUCUUCUUCGUCGUCAUCGUCUUCAUCAUCAUCAUCUAGUCAAAUAAAUGGAAUUAUUGAUGAAACAAAAUUACCAAUGUUAUAUAUUGGUGAAGUUGAUCUCACCAAUCAUUUUGAUUGUAAUCGUUGGUUAGAACCAAAUCUUUUUCAAUGUCAACAUCAUUAUGAAAAUCAUAUUCGUCAUCAGAUUUCGAAACGUUAUGAAUCAUUUCGUCAAAAUCAAUUAUCAAAUUCAUAUUAUUAUCCUAAUCAUAAUCAGAAUCAUAAUAAAAAUGAAUUAAAAUUUAAAAUUAGUCGUAAUGAUGAAUAUAUUAAACAAGCAUCAUGUUGUGGUAUGUGGCAUGCACGUGAUUGUGUUAUUAAUCAUAUUAUUAUUGAAACAAAAUUACCUGAUGAUUGUCCAACCGAUUUAAUUGAUCGAUAUCGACGAUUACCAAUUGAACCAUUAGUUCGUGAAUCUGUUUUUGAUUAUUGUUCUGAAUAUGGUGAUGGUUCAUCAAUUUGUAAACAAAUUUCAUCCUCAUCAUCAUCAUUGUAUUUUACAUAUUUUAAUCAAAUUAUAUAUUCAUUGAUUAUA